AUGGAGGCACUUAUUGUAUUCGUGGUGCUUUCCGUAUCCGGAGCGUUUGCUUACAAAUGGUCCUACGAGAGGCUCUGGUUUAAAGUAGGCUCGUUAUUUGACAUCAUAUCAACUUCCUCAAAAAAAAAUGGCUCUCCUUUGACUAGCCAGUUGAAAAUUGGCUCGCAUGAAAAUGUUUCCAGCAUGGGCAAUUUCAUUAACAAAUUUUACACAGAAUAUUCUUUACCGUCUUAUAAAAUACUGCAAUCGCAGCGAAUCCUUUUUUCAUUAGCAAUGAUGACGUACACGGUAACGAUAGAGAUCAUUCUGUGGCAGAUUAAGGUAGCGGGUAUGGAUAGGGAAGUCACCUUCAUAACAACCUGGGUGUGGCCCCUUACAGCUGUGCUACUAUCGUUCAUCUUAAUUUUGCUUCAGCCAUUCUUCAUUAUAAUAUCCUUAUUGAAUAAGUUUUACAAUGAUAAGUUUGAUAUCGAUAAAUUGAUCAUCGUGACAUGCUUAAGCUUGUCAUUUCUCAUUGCACUUCUGAGUUACAUAAAUUUUGGACCGUUCCAAUACACAAAAAAUAUUCUAACUAGACUGUCCAUAGGAGGUGUCACAGUCAUGGCCUCCCUCUCUGGAUUGGCCACUGUUUCUAGUUUAUACUAUAACUUUUUGGUGAUCUGGCAUAAGUUUCGUAAUACGUCAAUGUCUGACCCCAGCCUCAGAAACAUAAACAGCAAUGAUAACAGUAAGUCUCUCUUAUGGACAACGGAUGCUUAUAUGGAGGAAAAAAUCCAAGAUUAUGAACAUAAUAUUGAGCAAAAUGUGCAGAUAUUAACACAACUAGAAAAGGAGUCAAACGUAGAAAACUCGACUUUCAGAGCAGAGCUGUUGGAAAAAAUUGCUUGGUAUCAGUUGGAACUUGGGAAAUUAGAAAUAUUAUUAAAACAAUCUCCUCAAGUACGAACCUUUAAGAAAAUCUUUGAGAUCGGCUUUAUCAUAUAUUGUCUCCAUAAAUUAAUAAUAACCUUCCUGAAAAGAAUUCCUUAUAUCAUAUAUCACUCGCUCAAAUAUCCAAAUGAUUACGAAUAUGAGAAUUUCAGUGAAAAUGCAGCAUCUGAUCCUUUGGCGAUCACUAUAGCUAACAUUUUGGACUUUUCAUUCUUUAGGUUCAAUUAUCAACACGACCUCGAUUCAUUAACUAAACAAAUAUCGUUAUUUUUGUCAAUUUCGCUUUUUCUUUGCUGUCUCUCUGCCGUUAAUACCACUAUCUCAUACGUUGUGACCCUUUUGCCCGUAAAAUUCCAGAUUCUUGCAUUAUUUGCCAUGCAAAAUGAUGACACUGGUAAUCUACUUCCAGAAUUUGUGAACAGUACUAUUCGUAAGGAGAGAAAAGGGGGUCUCUCUCAGGAACAGAAAGGAGUAUCUCUAAUAAAAAAUUUGGUGGUAUCAGAGUUGACCGGUGUUUACGUUUUAGCCACCACGUUAAUGAUUAGGUCCCAUCUCCCCUUUGAAGUAUCACAAAGAUUGAAGGAAUUAUUGGGUGAAAAAUUCACCGUUCCAAACAUUGUCAUAGAUUCUUGGUUUGAUGAAGUCUACGCUUUUGCAUGUGUAUUUACUUUCAUUUGCAUAAGAAUUGCAGAACGGAAACUCUCUACAAAAAAAAUCAGCACUGAAUGA